GCAGAAAAUCAAAAUCAGAAAGAUUUUAUUUUGUUUUCUUUUCAUGAUUCUUCAUGUGAAAACCCAAAUUCCUUGGAUCGUCACGAGAAAGCUGGAACCACCAACCGCUACUGAAUCCUCCUCAUGUCACUCAUCAAUGCCUUCCCUUUCCUCUCACUUGUGAAUUGCUGAUUAAUACUUUCCUUCAAUCUAUGGAUUCCUCUUCCUUCAUCCUUCUCUACAUUUUCAGUGGAGUUUCGAUUUUGGGGUAGCUGUUUUGCCUGGAUUCGAAAGCUGAAGUGUUUUAACUUUCGUUCUCGUUUCUUCCUCUCUUAUCCUCUUCUCUUCUUUUCGAUUUUUCGCCCUUGAAUCUCUUUAUCUGAGAGAUGAAGGACGCGGAGAAAAAGAAGUACCCCAUUGGCCCUGAGCAUUAUGAACUGCUCGAGGAGAUUGGCCAGGGGGUAAGUGCUCAUGUGCACCGUGCUCGUUGCAUUCCUUUUAAUGAGAUCAUUGCCAUAAAAAUCCUAGAUUUUGAGCGAGAAAACUGCGAUCUGAAUAAUGUUUUUCGUGAAGCACAGACCAUGACCUUGGUUGACCACCCUAACGUCCUAAAAUCACACUGCUCCUUUGUUAGUGAUCAUAAUCUGUGGGUUAUCAUGCCAUAUAUGGCUGGUGGUUCAUGUCUUCACAUAUUGAAAGCUGCCUACCCAGAUGGUUUUGAGGAGGUUGUAAUAGCUACAAUAUUGCGAGAGGUAUUGAAGGGUUUAGAGUACCUUCAUCAUCAUGGCCAUAUACAUAGAGAUGUUAAAGCUGGGAACAUUCUAAUUGAUGCCCGUGGUGCAAUCAAGCUGGGAGAUUUUGGUGUAUCUGCUUGUCUUUUUGAUUCAGGUGACAGGCAACGUACGAGGAAUACAUUUGUGGGGACACCUUGCUGGAUGGCACCUGAGGUCAUGGAGCAACUGCAUGGUUAUGAUUUCAAAGCAGAUAUCUGGUCUUUUGGUAUAACAGCAUUGGAGCUUGCCCAUGGUCACGCUCCUUUCUCAAAGUAUCCUCCCAUGAAGGUACUUCUUAUGACAUUGCAAAAUGCACCACCUGGCCUUGAUUAUGAACGUGAUAAGAAGUUCUCUAAGUCAUUUAAGCAUAUGAUUGCGAGCUGCUUGGUAAAAGAUCCUUCAAAACGACCCACUGCAAGCAAGUUGCUAAAGAAUUCCUUUUUUAAGCAAGCUCGCUCAAAUGAUUACAUUUUGCGAAGGAUUUUGGAAGGGCUGCCUAAUUUAGGUGAUCGCAUCCAGGCCCUAAAGAGGAAAGACGAAGAUAUGCUUGCAAAGGAACAAAUGCCUGAUGGGCAGAAGGAGGAAAUAUCACAGAACGAAUACAAGCGAGGAAUUAGUAGCUGGAACUUCAAUCUUGAUGAUAUGAAAGCUCAGGCUUCAUUGAUACAGGAUUAUGAUGAUGCAAUAUCUGAAAUCAAUCCGGGAGGGAGUUCGAGUUCUUUUUGUACAGUUGAUGUACAAGAGAAGCAAUCACCACGUGCAAACCAUUCUCAAAUUGCUGAUAUGGAAGAUAACGAAGAGAUGCGAAAUCAGUCAGCUUCUGUACCUGCAGUGGAUUUCACAACAACCAGUGCCAAGGUUAGAAGUGAAAAAUCUGAUGACGACUCUAUCACCAGUUCAAGCCAUGAACACCACUUAUCACGGAGUGCUUCACCGUGUCUAGAAGAUCAUGUGGUGGACCAUAAUUUGAGUGAAAAAUGUGAUAUUGAGAAUGGUGGAAGACAGGUGGAGCCUACUCAUUCUUAUCACAGAAGAUGCUCAUCAAGCAUCUUACCUGAAGUUACUCACACGCCUACUCGUGGAGAAAUAGAGAAGAUGCCACAUCUGUCCCAUAGCGUUUCAAAUUGCAAUGCAACAACAGUACCACUGUCAGGAGAAGCAGCUAAUUUGGAUGACACUGAUGAGAAAGUAAAGGUACCAGUGGUACAGCAGAGAGGACGUUUUAAGGUUACAUCUGAGAAUGUUGAGUUAGAAAAGGUGGGCCCAACUCCUAUUCUGCAAAAGAGUCAAAGCAUGCAGGUUAUUAGCUCUCACAAUGUAACUCCUCUACCUUCAAUUUUACCACUGCCACCGACAUCUGAGGCUGCCUCAUCAAAUCCUUCUGGUUCUUCGCUUUACCAGUUAUUGCAUUGUGCGUUGCAAGCAAAUAUUGAACAAAGGGACACCAUCUUACUUUUAAUGAAACAUGUAGUUGCUGGUGAUCCUACAGUUGAUGGGGCAUCUAACCAAGCACUGCCUUCGGCUAUGGAGAAAUCUUUGCUUGAAGCAUCUCAUGAGAAAGAGAAAGAGCUACUUCAUGAAAUAACGGAGCUGCACAAGAGGCUCCAAAGUGCCCAGGAUGAGAUUAAGAAGUUGAAAUCAGAAAACGGCCAGGUGUGAUACUACUGCACUAUCCGAACGGAUAUUUGGAAUAGGAUCUUGGAGGUGUUGUCGUUGUUCAUCAAGUGCAGGCCUAGGAGUACUCAAAUAUAAGUACUUCAGGGACACUUACAAUAAAAAAAAGUAGAGGAAGAAAGUAGAAUGGAGAUGACUGCAAAAUCUUUUUAACUAUCAAGAGGUUUUUUACCGAAUAUUUUGUUUUCAAUUACGCCAUAGGUGAUAUGAAUUUUAUCCUAGUCUAUAUUAAUAUGCAGAUUCAAUGUUGAUAAUA